GCGAUACAGGAAGUGGCUCGGGUGCGCACGCACGACGUCCCCACAGCUCUAGGGGCAGUUUCCUCCGCCGGCGUGGGAGAUCCCGGGCUCCCAGCAUUCUUGUUCGCGCCACCUCGCCCCUGCCCCCUUCGUGCCGGAGCGGGGUCGCAAGCUCCCGAGUCCCUCCGGUCCCUGCAGCCGGCGUCUCGCCGCCGUGCGACUCUCAGGUGUUGGUCACACUCACACUCUGCCCCGGCCAGGCCCUGUGCUGAGCGCCAGGUGUGUGCGAGGCAAGAACGCAGACAGGUCUCCGCGCGUUGCAGCUGGCAUUCUCCUGGGACAGAGGUUGAUUGCAAAGACAUCCCAGGUCGUGACAGAGCCAAAAUGAGUCUGUUUGGAACAACCUCUGGUUUUGGAACUGGUGGGACCAGCAUGUUUGGCAGCACAACUACAGAUAACCACAACCCUAUGAAGGAUAUUGAAGUGACCUCCUCUCCUGAUGAUAGCAUUGGUUGUCUAUCUUUUAGCCCACCAACCUUGCCAGGGAACUUUCUUAUUGCAGGAUCGUGGGCUAACGAUGUUCGCUGCUGGGAAGUUCAGGACAGUGGACAGACUAUUCCUAAAGCCCAGCAGAUGCACACAGGGCCUGUCCUCGACGUCUGCUGGAGUGAUGAUGGGAGCAAAGUUUUUACGGCUUCAUGUGAUAAAACUGCCAAAAUGUGGGACCUUAACAGUAACCAAGCAAUACAGAUCGCACAGCAUGAUGCUCCUGUGAAAACCAUUCAUUGGAUCAAAGCCCCGAACUACAACUGCGUGAUGACCGGGAGCUGGGAUAAGACUUUGAAGUUUUGGGAUACACGAUCAUCAAAUCCCAUGAUGGUUUUGCAGCUCCCUGAGAGGUGUUAUUGUGCCGACAUGAUCUAUCCUAUGGCUGUGGUGGCAACUGCGGAGAGGGGACUGAUAGUCUAUCAGUUAGAGAACCAGCCUUCUGAAUUCAGGAGGAUAGAAUCUCCCCUGAAACAUCAGCACCGAUGUGUGGCCAUCUUUAAAGACAAGCAGAACAAGCCGACGGGGUUCGCGCUGGGAAGCAUCGAGGGCAGAGUGGCCAUCCACUACAUCAACCCCCCAAACCCUGCCAAAGAUAACUUUACCUUUAAAUGUCACCGAUCUAACGGAACCAACACUUCAGCUCCUCAGGACAUCUAUGCGGUCAAUGGAAUCGCGUUCCAUCCUGUGCAUGGCACCCUUGCCACGGUGGGAUCUGAUGGUAGAUUCAGCUUCUGGGACAAAGAUGCUAGAACAAAACUGAAAACUUCGGAACAGUUAGAUCAGCCCAUAUCGGCUUGCUGCUUCAAUCACAACGGAAACAUAUUUGCCUACGCUUCCAGCUACGACUGGUCCAAGGGCCAUGAGUUCUAUAAUCCUCAGAAGAAAAACUACAUCUUCCUGCGGAACGCGGCCGAGGAGCUCAAGCCCAGGAACAAGAAGUAGUGGAGACGCCUGUGGCCGGAGCCGCUCUCUGCUCGGCCCGAUGUGUGCGGGUCGGGCCGGCUUGGGUGGGUGUGAGCCGUGGGUGUGGAUUCUGCCCCUGGGGAGACAGUGUCCUGGGUUAGCAUUUGGGCCCCGGGCCGCAGUGACUGUGGGUCUCUCCAUUCCACUGCCUGUUACAGGAGUCCUCUGACUCCGGGGACCGAGGCCAUUACCGAGGUAGAGUCGUGCGGGCCCCUGGUCUGCAGUGCUCAGUUCAGCAGUGUGUUCUAGAGACACUGGGCCAUGUUUUACAAACACUGUACUGUACUUUGUAAUAAAACAUUUUAAAGACUGCCUGCCGAGCUCCCUUUGUCCACCUCCUCCCUUGCCCAGAGAGCGCCCAGUGAGCUCUGAAGUGAUCAUUCCUGUUCAGCAUCGUUGUGGGUUUUGAUUUGUGACUUCCGACGCCCUUUGGGAAAUGCCAGGAUCUCAAAACUUGGGAAAGGUGGGAAUCCUGGGCUGCGAAUGCCUUCUACCAAGUGGAAUGUCUAGCAACAGUCCUGCCAGCAUGGCCAGCAGAGUUGCUAUGCGCUUUCCUUGUCCUUCCGCUCCCGUCUUUAACAUCCCAGUGCUUUUCCUCUGCUGGGCAGCUGUCCUGGAGACUGAGGGACGGGCCUUUUUAGGCAAAGCCCGAGUGGGUGCUGUGUGUGUGGCCAAGUUAGAACCCCACUUCCCUGCAAGGGCAGUGCUCUUUACUCAUGCCCUAGUGAUAGUUAUGGGGUGCUGCUUUUUUAUUUCGUGUAAUUUACAAUUCCUGAUUGGUAAGUACCAAAUGAAAUUCAAGUUGAUGUUUGACUGUGGAGCUUAUUGUGUUUUUACCCUGUGAUCCCAAAUGCUUCUUACACUUUACUGUCUGGGGCUGGUGUGUAAACUAACUUGCUGAGUGUGGAAAUCUAGUGUCAUCAUGUAAGCAAUGUGUUUGCCUACUCACCAAAAGCAAUGACAAUAAAAUUUUCUACUGGAAGAGA